GUCCUUGCCUGCAGUCCUGAGUGGAAGAGUCCUCAUCCAGGCCUGCUAGACAUUUGGGAGCCAUGGCCGCCAGGCCUAUCGGCUGGAUAUGUGGACAGGCGCUAAAGACCUUCUCUGGAAGACUUGAGGGGCUCCAGAAGGCAGUGAUGGACCUUAUAGAUGAGUUUAAAGAUGAAGUCCCUGGCAUCCUAAGAUUGUCACAGUCUAAACAGAAAAAAGAGCCAGUGCAGAAAACAUCCAAGGUCAGAAUGGCUCUGGCUGUAGCCAAGAUCAACCGGGGGGCAUUAAUUCAAGGACUAAACAGCAUAUCCAGCUCCUCCAAAUCUGUGGCCAAGCUUCUGCAGCCACAGCUGGCAUGUCGACUCUUAGAGCUGAGGCACAUAUCUCACCGGCUGCUGAGGGAGGUGAACGCGCCAAGCCAACCCCUGUACAGCAUGCAGGUCAGAAGGGGUUCUUUAUUUGACAUCAUUUCUUUUCCAGCAAAGACUGCUUUAACUAGCAUAAUGUAUGCUUCCUACGCAGCACUAAUUUACUUGGCCGUCUGUGUCAAUGCUGUGCUGACCAAGAUAAAGAGCAUUUUCCAGGAAGAAGAAUCCAUAAGGCAAAACAGAGAGAGCGAGAAUCUGAGGAAAGCCUUUUCUGAACCCGUGCUUCCAAAGCCCAUGUUUUCUGAAGGUGAAAUCAAAGCAAAACCUUACAGGUCAUUACCAGAGAAGCCAGACAACCUUUCGGAGCACCCCAAGCCUCCUGCCAACAAGCAGAGCAACAAGAUCCAAGUUCUGCAUUCUGUGUUUGACCAGUCAGCUGAAUUGAAUGAAUGAGAAAUCCAGACAUGGGUUCAUUUCAUCAGACAAAACCAGAAGACCAGUUUACAUAUGCUAAAUGCUCUUUUAAAAAGGGGUAGAACAGGAAAACUAUGACAUCAUUCUCUUGUAUUUAUAUGGCAUAGAGAAUAAAAUGAAUCUUGAUGUACAAUAUA